AUGGCUGAAGCACUCAUUUCCGUGCUCAUAGAACAAUUGGCCUCAAUCAUCCAAAAACAAGUACAACAAGAGGUCAGACUAGUUGUGGGUGUUGAGAAAGAAGUGGCAAAACUCACCCGCAAUUUCGAAACUAUUGAAGUUGUGCUCAAGAAUGCAGAGGAGAGGCAGGUGAAGGAGAUGGACGUGAGACAAUGGCUGGAGAGGUUGAAGGAUGUAUCCUACGAGAUGGACGACGUGUUGGACGAGUGGAGUACUGAAAUCCUAAAACAACAAAUUCAGCAACAAGAAAAAGAAGCUGGUAAUGCUGGUAGUACUAAUACUACCAAGAAGGUAUGUUUCUGCAUUCCUGCCCCUUGGUUUUGUUUUGGCCAAGUCAGUCAAGUAACUCUUCGUCGUGACAUUGCUGUGAAGAUAAAAGAACUAAAUGAAAGAUUAGCUCUGAUUGCUAGUGAAAGGCAAAACUAUAACUUGCAAUACACGAAAAGAGAAAUUGAACAAAUUGAGCGAGAAAAAAGUUCUUCUUUCGUUGAUAAGACAUUUGGUCGAGUCGACGAAAAGGACAAAGUAGUAGAAAAGUUGCUGAGUGGCAGUGGUCAAGGAGAGGCGACCUGCCUUGUCAUCCCUAUUAUAGGGAUGGGAGGGAUUGGCAAGACAACUCUUGCCCAACUUGCCUAUAAUGAUGAAAAGGUUCAAGCCCAUUUCAACAAUAGAAUAUGGGUUUGUGUCUCAGAUCCUUUUGAUGAGAUCAAAAUUGCCAAAGCCAUCAUUGAGGGUCUGAAAAAAGAGACCCCAGCUUCAAAUGAGUUGCACACUCUAAAGUCCAUUAUACAUGAGUCCGUUAAGGGCAAGAAGUUCCUUCUUGUCCUAGAUGAUGUGUGGAACCAAGACUAUAGAAAGUGGGAACAAUUAAAGCUACCUUUACAAAACGGGGUUGUGGGUAGUAGAAUAUUGGUGACCACACGAAAAGAGGAAGUUGCGAGGAUGGUGGUGGGAGCAUCCACUGAUAUUGUCAAUUUGGAGGUGUUGAGUGAGGAAAAUUGUUGGGCAUUGUUCUAUCACAUUGCACUGGCUGAUAGAGAAAAAAAUGAGUCUAAAGUGUUAGAAUUUAUUGGUAAAGAAAUUGUCAAAAAGUGCAAGGGCCUGCCCCUUGUUGCAAAGACAUUGGGUGGUCUCAUGCGCUACAAGAAAACGAGGAAAGAAUGGAAAGACGUUUUGAAUAAUAAGAUAUGGGAGUUAGACGGGGUUGAGGAACAAGUGUUCCAACCACUGUUACUAAGUUAUUAUGAUUUGGCCCCGGCAAUCAAACGUUGUCUUUUGUAUUGUGUUAUUUUUCCAAAAGAUUAUAACAUUGUUAAAGAUGAGUUGAUUGAGUUGUGGAUGUCACAAAAUUAUCUUAAUUCAAUUGGAAACAAAGAAAAAGAAGUGGUAGGCGAAAUGUACUUUGAUAACUUAGUAAUGCGCUCUUUCUUUCAAGAAUUUGAGAAAGAUGAACUUGGAAAUAUAACGCAGUGCAAGAUGCAUGAUGUUGUGCAUGACUUUCUACAAUUUCUAACUAAGAAUGAAUGCUUAGUUUUGGAGGUUGAGGGUGGUAAUACUACUAAGAGAAGAAUGGAGUUUAAUGGAGAUAAUAAGUUUCGUCAUUUGACAUUAAUGUUUGCACCCGAAGGUCCACUAAUUCUGAGUUCCUUGUGCAACUGCAAGAAUUUACGGACUCUUGCAACUUUUGAUUCAAAGAUUACUAGUUUUGGUCUAGAGUUAAUUUCACAAGUAAAAUGCCUUAGAACGUUGAAUCUGAGUCGUAACUCCUUGAAUCUGAGUCGUAACUCCCUGAAAGAAGUUCCAAAUGAGGUUGGAGAAUUGGUACAUUUGAGGUAUCUUGAUUUGUCCUGGAAUUAUGGUUUGAUGAAAUUGCCAGACACUGUGUGUAAUUUAAUCAAUUUGCAAACCUUGAGACUCAUUGGGUGCAGUGAUCUUGAAAGAUUACUUGAAGGCAUGGAAAAGCUGAUUAACUUGCAGCAUCUUCAUGUUAUGAAUUGUGUUUAUCUAAAGUUGCCUAAGGAGAUUGCAAGGUUAACAAGUCUACGAACGCUAGAUGUAGUUCACAUCCAUGGCGAUGAUGACGUUGAUAACAACAAAGAAGCAUUAUUCGAGUUAAGUGAUUUGAGAAACAUGGACCAGCUUCGUGGGAGUUUCCGAAUAGAAUUUCUGGAGGAUCUCAAGGACGUGAGGCAGGCCGAGAAAGCGCAUUUGGUGAACAAAAAUUGCCUUGUCAGUCUGGAAUUCGCGUUCCCCUUUCCUAGAACAACGCAUCACAUCGAGGAAGGAAUAGUGAAUGCCUUACAACCACAUCCAAAUCUAGAAUCCUUAUCUAUUGAAUUAUACAGUGGCACCACACUCCGGCCCCAUUGGAUGACGUCGUUAAACAAAUUGAGAAGCCUUUACCUCAGAGAUUGCAUGUUUGUUGAGUUUGUGCCUCCUUUGGGGAGAUUGGAGUCCCUUGAAGUACUAGAGAUAUUCCAUUGGCAGAGCUUGAAAAAGGUAGGAGUUGAGUUUUUGGGAAUAGAUGGAACAAUAGAAACACAAACAUCAUCGUCGUCAUCACUUAUUUUAUUCCCAAGUUUGAAAAGACUUGAAUUCGGGUUUAUGGACAUGUGGGAAGAGUGGGAAGGAAUGACAGGGUGGAGUGAAGAAGAGGAUUCUCAGAAGACAAUUACAAUAAUGCCCUACCUUUCUUCCUUAGAAAUUACUUAUUGCGAAGAGCUUAAAACACUGCCAAACUUCUUACAAAAUACACCACUGAAGGAGUUGGUCAUCAACGACUCUCCAACACUUGCACAAGGUUGCCGAAAAGGCAGAGGAGAGUGGCCCAAAAUUUCUCACAUCCCAAACAUCAAAGUUGGUUUCAAAUUUGUACAAAAAGACGGAGUUUACCAAAUUGAUGAUGAUGAGACGCCAAGUGCCGCUUCCACCUUUUCUUCUGGUAUUAAAAAAUUUCUCAAAAAUUGUCUCGGGCUAGGCCUGGCCCUACCUAGCCAGGCCUAGAUCCGUGCCAACAACCCCCAUUUCCGAAUUCCAGCUGAAGGUAUUUUCUGGCAUGCAAAGAGGGAAGUCUCAUUUGAAUUCACACUUUGAAGAUAAUCGUGUUGGAAGCGCGUACGUUGUAUAGUAGGGAAAAUCAUUAUAAUA